AUGGCAAUAGUCAAACAAACUGCGCGAAGGGUCGAUUCUGUUAGUAAUCCUCGACAGCACAGGAGACGCGAACCUGAAAGGCACGAGAUUGAGGUUCAGUCAGCACCGUCAGUACCCACUGGAAACAAACAGGGUCGAGAUCGUGUUCGUGACAGAACCACAGAUCGUGGCCAGGAUCGAGAUCGUGAGGAAGAACUGUUGCGCCGUCAACUGAACGAGGUGGAGAAAGAGAACGCUCUCCUGAGAUUAGAACGUGAGAACCAGUCUCGACCGAGGGCUGGUAAUCUGAACAACCAGAAGGGUCGUGGAGAUCUACCUAGACGAAGGCGUGUUCGAGACUGGCGAGCAGGGACCCGAGCACGACCAACUACAACUCAGCAGAGUACGACCAGAACUACCACCCGCUCAAAGCGUCUCAGGAAUGACGAAGAUGAGGUUCGAGAUCGGCACAAUGAGAGAGAAUUUUCGCACGAUAACUAUGCUCGUUCGGAGCAAGGCAGAGCUGGAAAAAGAAUAAGAUCCAAAGUUGAUAUUCCAGAGGAUCGGGACUAUGAGCAGGAAGACAGUUCCUCUGAUGGCGACGUAAGCGCAAUAACGGAUGCUCGCCUCUGCAAGAUGAUCGAGAAAGUAAUGUUGAAAAAGCGCUCCAGAGAGGAAAGGAUAGACAGGUUGCAUCGAGCCGCAGGAGCUCCUUUCAAACUGAAUAUCAGAGAAUUCAGGCCGCCAAUGAAUUUUCAAGUUCCCAAGCUUCCAGAAUUCGAUGAGAAAACAGAUGAUCCAGAUCAACAUGUUUUACACUAUGAAACUGUCAUGACUCUGUAUCAGUACAUCGAUGAGUUGAUGUGCAAAAUGUUUCCACAAUCACUGACUGGUGGAGAAAUAACGUGGUUCAAUCAGCUCCCGGCACAGUCGAUCGGGACUUACCAUAGGCUGGUUGACGAAUUCUGCUCUCACUAUAAAUAA